GGUAUUUGGAGUGUGGAGGUUGGAGUUGCAGUUGGGAGGGCGGACAGAAGCAUUGGGCUGUUCUUUCUGAACUUCCUGGAAGAGUCACGCCUCCAGGAACUACAGAAGGUAGUUCUCGGUCUCCGGUGCGGUCGCUCGUGCUGCUCUGAAAAAUGGCCAAGACCAUGUUCGACUUGCUGGAAGGAGCUCUGGAGGACCUGGGCGCGGAGAAGUUUAAGAAGUUCAUCAGUAAGAUGACGGACCCCGGGCUCGAGACGCGCGUGGCAAAGGGCGCCGUGGAGGAGAAGGACUGCGGGGACAUCGCGAACCUCCUGAUAGAGCACUUCACCGAGAGUCGCGCGCUGGAGAUCACUCUGCAGAUAAUGAGGAACAUCAAAGCGAAUCAGACCGCGGAGAAUCUAGAAAAAGAUGCUGCAGCUAAUGGAUUCUCGCCGUCUGCUGGAGCAGGUGGAUCAGCCGGUACAGCGACUCCAAAUCCAAAUCCAAAUCCAAAUCCAGGUGGAUCAUCCAGUGUGGUGACUCCAACUAAUGAUGUUUCAGAUAAAGCCGCCUUCAUCGAUGAUAAGUUUGUGGAGCUAGUGGAGAAAGCAACAUUGAUGAAUGCCGUCCUGGACAUACUCUUGAGCAAGAAGGUCAUCAACGAUGAGCAGUACAACGAUAUUGGCUCUGAGCGAACGGAGCAGCAGAAGAUGCGACGUUUGAUUCGUGAAGCAUUGAAAGCGAGUGGUGCCUCAGGGAAGGCCGUUCUGUACGACGCCCUGAUGGUUAAGCAGCCCUACAUGAUGAAGGAUCUGGGGGCUCCCUAAAACCACUAAAUGCAUGUGCAGUACUGGAGCUGGACAACUGGGUUAUGGUAACAAUACAGGUGCAUUAAAGGGUCUUGACUUGGGCAUUUACCUUUUUCCCAAUCAAUUUAAAUCUGUAAAGUAGCAGCUUACACUAGAUUUUUGAUGAGCUUCUGAACUUUAGUUGGCCAACAGUCGUCUCGUUGUUGGCUCCCUCCAUGAAAGGUUGUAGGUUCAAACCUCAGUGAUGCAACUACCGUUCGUAACCAUUCGUAGCAGUUAGCGUUCUCUUCCAAGCAUGUUAAUCUCUUCUUUAUCACACAAAUUCACGACCUUAACCCCUUAAUCUCUUAACAAGCAAGCAAUUAGACCACUGUGCCACUCAAAAAGUGUGGAAUUACUUCCAUUUCUUUGUGGGCAUGGUUUCAUAGUGAUACAACACCAUAGUGAUACUACUUUCAUUGGCAUCAGAAGGUCAUGAGCUUAAUUCUCUAAAAAAUGUUGCAUCCCCUCUAUGGUUUCCUGAGCAUCAGAAGGAUAAGGGCUCUAUUUUACCAAACUAUAGGUGAGCCAUCAACCGUGCACCGUGCACCAUACAGCUUGAUUUAGGACAUGUCGUUGUGUCUUUGCUGUCGUAACAACGAGAAAAGUACACCUUGCCUUGGUCGAAACACAGCACAAAAGGCAUUUACUAAUACUCUUAAUUAAUCAUGGCUGUGUUAUUUGGGCAUUACAAGCAUUAAACCAGUGAAUGUCGGACUGCUGACGUCUGUCUAGGUUCUAAUCAGUCAGUGGUGCUCCUUUGUUUCUGUUGUCAAGAUAGCAAUACGCCAUACAUUUACCUGAACUUACCUCAUUUCCAGACCACCACACCCAUCAGCGUAGAUAUAUUCACAAGCACCGUUGCUACUUAAAUGACAAAAGCGAAAGUAAUUAAGGUGUAAGAUAGCGACGAGCAUCACAAUAUGUAUAUUAAAGAGCCAUUCACUGAAAGGUUCUUCAGAGCAGUGAUUCUAAACCCAGGACUGAAAUUAUCUCCCACCCAACUAGUAAAACUGUAGACCUCUGGUACCUAAGAAAUGGUUUGAGAACCAAAACUUUUCUUCGUAAUUCCUUUAUUUUUACAUUUCCAGUUUUCAUAGAUAAAUUUUUCAUUCCAAAGUCUCUCUAAUGUUUUUUUAAUGGUUGAAUCGUUUACAGAUGACUCUCCAGUGUUUUUUACCCUCCGUUUACACCGUUUACACUAGCAGACGACUACUAUCUUUCUUUCGCACCAAGUUUGUCUCUUGUGGUUGUAGUUGAAGCUUUUCACAUUCUCACCUGUAGGUAGGUAGUUUCUAUCUCUUGCCGUUUGUUGCUAAAUCGUGGCUACAAAUCGAGUGACUGGUUAUGUGUCACUUUCUUAGCCCUUUUCAAUCAAUGUGGAACUGACUCUGGUUCUGGUUUGUUGGGUAAAUUUGGUUCUGGAACCCAAAAAGUUCAUUUCCAGCUGGAACCAAAGAAAUGUAGGGUAGUUUAGCCGUAGUGUAGCCGUUGUACGACUCCCUCUAUUGAUGACAUGUUCUGUGACGUAGCCUUGGUUACACUAAAAUUGGUGCAAACUUGAGCUGAAUCACUGAAAAGCACUGACAAGACAGAACAAAGUAGAAAAGGACUCAGAAUCAGUCACCUGCAGUUCGUCUAUAAAUUGCGUCUCUGGUCUGGUUUCGCACCAACUUUUGAACCGUUCGGCGCAUUUCCACCCAAAACAAAAAUUGUUUUGUGUCUUGAAAGGUUUGUUCCCAGCUGUAACCAAAGAAUAGUAAGUUUUAAGUGCAAACUGCGAGCCAUUGUGCAACUCCCUCGUGUUUUAAUGAUGUGUUUUGUGACGUAGCCUUGGUUCCACUACAACUGUUGCAAACGUGAGCUGAAUCGCUGAAAAGCACUGAAAAGACUGAACGAUAUAGAAAAGGGCUAUCAGUCUCUUGCCAUGUAUCGCUAAAUUGUGGCUACAGAUCUUGUACUGUGAUAAAGAAAUGACUGGUCACCUUUCAAUCUCUUAGCCCUUUUCCACCAAUGUGAAACAGGUUCCAUUAGGGUUUUUGCACCUAAUUUUGAACCGUUUGGCGCAUUUCUACCGAAAAAAACCCUGCAAACUUUGGCUGAAUCGCAGAAAAGCACCAAAGUUCUUUUAAGACUGAACAGAACCAGUUCCAGAACCAGAGGUCAUUGGGUAGAAAAGAGUAAUCAGUCGACUGAAAGAAACCGACGUUCUUAUAAGACUGAAAGAAACCGACGUUCUUAUACGACUGAAAGAAACCGACGUUCUUAUAAGACUGAAAGAAACCGACGUUCUCAUAAGACUGAAAGAAACUGACGUUCUCAUAAGACUGAAAGAAACCGACGUUCUUAUAAGACUGAAACAAACCUGUUCAAAAGUUCUCGGGUCAAAAAGAAUUAUUUUGGGUCGAUCAGUUGCUUGCCAUUUAUCGCUAAAUCACGACUAAAUCAAAUUUUAUACCCUUAAAGGAAAAUACUAGUCGCCUGUCGCUUUAUUGCCGCCAUGACGCCUGCUGCUAAAUCACGACUACAAUAAUCGUAUACUGUAAUAGGACAUGAUCACCUGUCGCUCUGACUGAUUUAGGAGUUGAUUAAUUAGGAUAUGAAUUAUCAAGCAUAAUGCAAGUACUGGUAGUUUUCGCUCCAGGGCUCCCCCUACAGGCUUGGAGAGUAGUUCACUUUUACACCACUACUGUAAAUACAAAUCUUAUUUUGAGCACCAAAGUAGCAGCGAUGUGAAAAAACAAGCGUAGAAAAGUCAAAAAGUGAUUUUUGUUUUACUUUCAUGUUAAACAAUGUAAAACUCUUAAAAAUAUCUUACAGAUUUGUUUUUAGAUCAAAUAGGAGACAUAUGGGACCAAUUGUUUACUUUAAAAAUGUGUUUUGUAGAUGCUUCUUAUGAAAUCACUGUGAAAUAUACAUAUACAUUUUAAAUAGGGGUUCUGCAAGGGUUCCUUUAGUAAAGAAUAUAUUUUAUUUUCAAAGAACUUUUGAAUAAAAAAACUUUUGUAUGUGUAUUUGGUUGUUUACAUGACCUUUUAUAUGUUUUAUAUACCAACAGAAAUGUAUUUUUAGAAGGUUUUGUUUUUGAACAACAAGCAUGAGGAACAUCUUUUCAGAAACCUUUGUAUGUGUUGAUGUUUUUAGUGAUUGAUUUUUUAAGGGAUAAUUCCAGAGAAACACUUUUUUAAAACAUUUUAUAUUUGCAUGUUUUAAUGAUUAUCUUUAAAAAAAUCAACAAAAAUAUGUAUUUUAUCAUCAAAAACCUUUUUUUCAGGAACAUUUUGUAUUUUUAAGUGCCGUGUAUAAGGGAUAUAUAUUGGGGAUUGUUUAAAGCAGUAUCAGGUUCUGUUAUUAUGGGAUGUGGGAGGGGUUCUGAACAGGUCCAGCUCCAGUAGGCCAAACACCAGCAUUCAGUGAAAAUGGAAAAAUGCCAGUAAUAAUAAAUGAGUUAAUGUUCAUGUAGUUUACAGUGUAACAGUUUACUAUCAUCUGUUUACAAUAAAUGUUCUGUUUAAAACUGAAUCAA